UACAUCUAGACCUAGAUCGUGGCAAAAUGGGGACAUCGGUGGUCGAAGCUGCAGACCAAUUCGCAAAACUGCCGGAAGAGUUAGCGGUGGAGAUACUUUCCCGGUCGGCGAUCACCCUGAACGAAGCGGUGAGAUGCAGCAGCCUGUUGGGGAAACGGUGGAGGUACAUGUGGCAACUGAUCGACUCCCCGGUUCUGGAUUUCGACAAGUCCGAUGAUGACGUCACACCGGAAUCGCAGCGGCGGUUCGUGGAUCGGGUCGACCAGGCCAUCAGUUGGGUCCAACAAUCCAGAACCAGACUGGACGGGUUGAAGAUCGGGUUCAAGCUGUACCAUAUGCAAGAGGCCGGGUGGAGGUGGAUCGAAUUCGGUUUCGCCGAGCGAGUCAAGCGGCUGACCCUCCUGUCCUACUUCACCCACUCUUGGCGCGACGAUCUCAAUGGCGGGAUCCCUGUCCCUCUCUUCACCCCUGAUUUCCUCCGCACCCAAAACCUCAGCCGCCUCGAGGUUUUGGAAUUUCAACGCUUGGCCGCGAUUCCGCAAGGAACCCUGGAACAUAUCUUCUACUACUGUCCCUCUCUGCAACGCUUCUCCCUCACCGAUUGCACUUUCCACGGCGAUGAUACAGUGGUCAGAGUUUAUUGUCCCAACAACAACAAUCUCCAGAAGCUGACAUUCUGGUUUCCAAUCCCGGAUCACGGUUGUAGGAGUAUCGAUCUCUUCUCUGCUCCGGGUCUUCAUAGUCUGGAGGUGCGUACAGUAUCAGCCGAGCCAGCGGUCCUCUUCCCGGGCGACCUUCCUCAACUCCAGGAGCUGCAGCUUUGUUACUACGGGAUAGGUCACACCCACCAAUGCUUCAUCCCGUGGUCUCCUACUGAAUUCAAACUGUUUGCACCCCGAUUACAGUUUCUAAAGUACAACAUGACGACAUAUCAGCUUCCUAAUCAACCUCUCCAUGUCCCGGAAUGGCUGCUGUUUGAAAAGCUCACCGUGUUGGAUCUGUCCAUACAUAUAUGUACCCCCGUUAAAUUUAUGCUGCAGUGCACGAUCUUGCUGAGGGCAGCUCCAAUGUUGCGCAGAUUGUCAAUGACCUUCGAAAAUAUGAUGACGUUACGCGGUAGAAUAUGGGAGGAUAGGGCGGAGGAGGAGUUUCCGACAUGGUGGAAGCAUCGCUCUCUGCAGGUGCUUCAGCUGCACGGGGUGCAUCCAAGCGACGAGGGAUGUCCUCCUGAUCCUCGCAAACUCCAAAUGGGGGUUGCUGCUUGCAUCAUAAUGGCCUCGCCUUUGUUGAAUGAGGUCCUUGUUGAUACCAGAAAUUUGAAAACAAACGCUUCCAGAGAACAACAACGGGUUGAUGCUCUAAUCUCUGAAGCUAGGAUAGAGUUGGAAACCCGACUCGAGUGUCACGCUUCCACCUCCCAAAUUCGCUUCAUUUAUCAAUAAAAACCAUGUUACCAUAUCACUAUAUGUGCUGCAGGAGGACGCAGAAGAAGAAUUAUGUAAUAUUGUUUCCCAAUCAGGUUUAUCCUUUUCUUU